AUGCCUCAAUCGCCCUCUGGCCAAACCCAGAAUAAUGUGACGCGAAAAAAAAUCAGCCCAUGUUCAGUCGAGGCGAAGUCCCCGUGGGCGUCUUCAGCCCCAGCAGUCGUUGCGCAGGUGGCCGAGUAUCGCGCUGCCCUGGAAAGGCUUUUUCCGGACUCAAAUUUGGAAGAUCUCAAGCACAUGCCGCGCGAACAGCUGCUUAACCAGAUUUAUCUGAAGCCUAGCUCCGGCCGGGCUUUGAUCCAUCCUAAACGUGUGAUUGACGGACUCAAACCUACCUCUAUAGAAAGCCCGGAAAGCACAGAGCUUGAAGAAAUUGAUUUUGAAGUCUCGGAUGACGUCAAUUCUCUUUCAUUGAACUCAAGGAAACCCAGGUCAUACCUUGGGAUUUCAUCAGUCCAUGCGAUCUUCAAGUUAAUAUUUAUUCUUAGCCCUCAAAGUGUCCCCGAUCACGAAGGGUCCACCUAUGAUGAUAUUGGCCGCGAGGAUACAUCCCUGCCGCCACAGAGACCCGGUAACUCCUCACAGGUAGUUUCACCAAAGCCCUUACAGCCGAAACUCAGGGCCUCGUCCAUAAAAUCGGGAAGCAGUCAUGCAUUAACCCCAGAGAGUGAUUGCAUAACUGCCUAUUUCACCUAUUUUCAUCUCCUGGUUCCAAUAGUCGACGAGCCUAGCUUUCGGGCAGCCUACGCGUCAGGCCAUCGGAAAGAUAGGGAAUGGCUUAGUUUGCUAAACAUCAUCUGUGCCCUUGGCAGUAUCGCGGCCACAAAUACCCAGGACAAGUCUCACUGUGUCUACUAUGCACGAUGCAAGAAGUAUUUGGGCUUGGAAUGUCUCGGCUCCCCUCACUUGGAGACAAUACAGACUCUUGGUCUUAUGAGUGGUCUUUAUCUGCACUAUAUCAGCCAGCCAAACCUUGCUUAUUCCCUGAUGGGUGCCGUCCAGCGCAUGGCUCUGGCUCAUGGCUUUCACGAAGAUCUAGAUUCCCGAAAACAUUCGGUUGAUUUCAAAAAUUGCCUGCAAAUCAGAAGACGGGUAUGGUGGUCGCUUUUCUGCAUGGACACUUGGGCUUGCGGUCCACUCGAUCGACCAGGUAUCGAUCGCCGCGGACCGACGAAUACUAACAUUGAUCUUUUGUCACGAGGAGAAGAGAGAAAUGUUCUAGAGGUUCUGCCUCUUCUGGAAAAUGUUCGAUUCUGCCAGAUUGCCACAAAAAUUCAAGAAGCUGUGGCCGCGACCUCUAUUAUCUCUCAUGUCGAGCGCAGGAGACUGAACCAAGAGCUUCAAGACUGGUUUGACAACCUACCGUCGAUUUUGAAAGACUAUCAGCCAUGCUCGGAAUCAAUAUGUGUUACUCGCACAGUGAUGCGCUGGCGGUACUUCAAUCAGUGUCUCCUCCUCCACCGUCCCAGCCUGCUAGACUACGCCAUCCGCCGCAUUCCUUCUUUUGCCUUGUCAAAAUAUGAGCGCUCCUCAAUCCAGGAAUGUCGUCGCUAUGCAAAAGAAACCAUCGAAGAUAUCGUGAGCACUCCGUUCGUCAACCAGUCCACAGGCUGGAAUGGGGUAUGGCUACUGUUUCAGGCCGUGUGCGUUCCACUGCUGGGAUGUUUUCUAGCCGAUGCUACGACCGAUGAUCCACUGGCCUCGCUGGAAUCUUGUCAUUCGCAGAUCAAAUUGGCCAUUGAAUACUUAGUGCGCAUGAAAUCUUGGAGCCCGGCCGCAACGCGCACUCUGCUUGUCAUUUCGCGGAUUCUCUCUGCAAGCGAAAAGGCAAGAGCAAGACUGAGUUCUCGCCCUCCACUUUUGCUAAGUGAUGCUGAAACUGCGGAGAUCAAUCUUAAUACUACGGCAUUAUCGCUUCAGGUCUCCGCUCGCAACGACCAUAUCUUGCUCAGGGCAAACAGUCUGUCUUUGGAUCAAAAUGAGAAUAAUCAACAGCCUCACCAACUGAUGAGAUUUUCCUAUUUGAGUGACAUUCCACCCCCGAACGAUGUUCCCUUCACCGAGGUACUAGCCGGUGAAUAUUCGAAUGAGCCAAUGAUCCAGAACUUUUGGGACUACCUUCAUGCGGCAGAUAAUAAUAUGAUGCUAGAUCUUCCAUUCUCUGAAUAUCAGGGUACUGGGAGGAUUGAGCCACAUGAAAUGGACUUCGAACCGCUUUGGGAUCAGGUCAGAUUUGACGAUUCAGAAAUGGUUUGGGAUGACACAGAUCUCAAUUUCCUUCAAAGUCUUGUGGGUAGCAAUGAGAGCGAAUUGUCAUAG